AUGGCCGCCGCGCAACGAGCGUUUGAAUCGCCCGGCGCCGCCCCGAUUGGCCCGGCCGCGGGGCUUGAACUGGCCAAUGGCGGGCGGCGCUGCCCUCCCGCCGCGCCCCAGGGGAGAACAUGGCGGCCGCUCCCCGGGCCGCCGCUAGAGGGCGCGGGUCAGCCGCACACGGUCCCUGCACGCCCAGCGGUCGCGGCCCGGUGCGGGAGGGGAAGCGCGGCCAUGGACAGGUUCUCGUGGACCACCGGGCUGCUGGAGCUGGGAGAGACGCUGGUAGUCCAGCAGCGGGGCGUGCGCCUCAGCGACGGGGAGGAGAAGGUGAAAUUCGAUAGUGGAGUUUUACUGCUGAGCACACACAGACUGAUCUGGAGGGACCACAAGAAUCAUGAGUGCUGCAUUGCUGUACCUCUGUCUCAGAUUGUAUUUAUUGAAGAGCAAGCAGCUGGGAUAGGAAAGAGUGCUAAAAUAGUGGUUCAUCUUCAUCCUGCUUCUUCAAACAAAGAGCCUGGUCCAUUCCAAAGCAGCAAAUACUCGUAUGUCAAGCUUUCUUUCAAAGAACACGGGCAGAUUGAGUUCUACAGACGAUUAUCAGAAGAAAUCACACAAAGGAGAUGGGAGAGCAUGCCCACUGCUCAGGCCAUGCAAGUUAACAAGGAUUCACAGGCAGGAAGAAUAAGGGCCGUAGGAAUUGUAGGUAUUGAAAGGAAAUUAGAAGAAAAAAGAAAAGAGACUGACAAAAACAUUUCCGAGGCUUUUGAGGACCUUAGCAAACUAAUGGAGAAGGCUAAGGAAAUGGUGGAAUUAUCCAAGUCAAUAGCUAACAAGAUUAAAGAAAAACAAGGUGACAUCACUGAGGAUGAGACCAUUAGAUUCAAGUCCUACCUACUGAGUAUGGGUAUAGCUAAUCCAGUUACGAGGGAAACAUAUGGAUCUGGUACACAGUACCACAUGCAACUGGCAAAGCAACUGGCUGGAAUCCUGCAGACACCCUUAGAGGAGCGAGGGGGGAUCAUGUCUCUGACGGAAGUGUACUGUCUGGUGAAUCGUGCUCGAGGGCUAGAGUUGCUGUCACCAGAAGAUUUAGUAAAUGCUUGUAAAAUGCUGGAAUCACUGAAAUUACCAAUAAGGCUUCGGAUAUUUGAUAGUGGUGUGAUGGUGAUUGAACUCCAGUCUCAUAAUGAAGAGGAAAUGGUAGCUGCUGCUUUAGAGACAGUAUCCGAAAAGGGUUCUCUCACAGCUGAUGAGUUUGCUAAGCUAGUGGGGAUGUCUGUUCUCUUAGCCAAAGAAAGGUUUUAUUUGAUGUGCUGUGUAGUUUCUCAUUUCAAGAGAAGAUUCCACAUCAAUGAAAGUGGAGAGAAUAUCACUGUAGAGUGCUGUGAGGGUCAGCGCCCGGAAGCCAGGUUACUGCAUACUCCAAUUCCAGUUUGCCUGUGUCUGGAGCAACAAAGCAGACAGAUGUAUCCAGUGAUAAGAAGCAUGACUUUGGUGUGUACUGAGGUAUAAGGAACAAACUAGUGUAGAAUAACCCCUUCUCCCAGAAGUGAUGAACAGUUUUCUAAGGGAGGAUCUUGGGGUUCUAGAAUUUGAGACAGAAAGAACCUGCUGCUAGAGAUAUUACUGUAUGUCAGGCUAUUCUAGAAAUUACCGUGUUUCUUUUCUUGUGUCUUACACUAAUAUCUCAGAUAGAAGCAUUGUUAGCACAGACUUCCUCCCUUCUCUUUCCUUGCCAUCUUCCUUCCUGUCCAUUUAUGUUGCACUUUGGGUGCCCUUUCUCUGUCCUCUCUGUAGCAGAGUGGAGCAGCCUCCUGUCACUUUACCAGACCCUGUGCUUUAAUGUGCUCAUAUUUUAUCUUGUACUUCUAACAAAAGUUAAUAAUUUGUUUGUUUCAUCAGCCUAUUACCUGUUCUGGGGAAACAGUUCAUUUGCUUACCUCUCAUAUGUGAAAAUUAAUAUGUUUUCUAUAUUGAAGGGAGGAAGAAGACUAUCACCCUGUGUUUAAUAAUCACAAGGUAUCAUUGUUUGGUAUUCCUCACCCUGUGUUCACACUGAAUGCGAUAUAAUAGCCUCAGUUUUCAUAACUCCAGUGGAGUUGCUACACUACUUGAAGAUCUGUCAUGAUAAUAACAGUUAAGUGGAUUUUUCUGAUCCACAUUACCUGAAUUUUUGGCAUUUUGAAGUGAUUAUUUUUAAUAAAUAAAGUUAAUUCAAGGUAUUGGCAAGGACAGUAUACAGGUGACUGCAUUGUGGUUGUGAUGGCUGGAUCAACUUUACAAGAAAGCACCAAAAGGCUUUUAACAUGAGCCUGAAGAUAUUUUCAGAACUAUUUUAGUGUUACCAUAGCAUGAGUUAAGAGCCUGCCAGUAGUUCAGUGCAGAGAUUCCUACAGUGAUCAUGCCUGUGGCUCGUCCUUUAUAUCCAGGGAAUUGUGUCCUCUUACUCUUGUCACAAGCAAACUUUCAUGUAGUGCUUUCUUUAAGGCAGCUUUCCUCUGCUCCAUGAGGGCGCUAAAACUGAUGUCUUUGACAUGGCUGAAGGAACCACUUCCACACUAUUAUUACUGUGUCAGUCACCUGGUGUCAUCUCUUCAGGAGCCUUACAGCUUGCUGCUUUCCUUCAUCCUCCCCACAAGCCAAAGGAGAGAUCCAUGCAAAGUACACUGAGCACCACAUAUCUAAGGAGGGACUGAAAAGUGAGACAUUUGGAAGCAAAAAGCUGUUUUGUGACAACUGUCUCUUUUGCCCAAUAAAAGCCUGUCAUGGAAGGCCAGUGGUUUAUGGGCCUGAAUGUCUCCCCACAAGGGGGCACGUCAACAAAACCUGAGAGGAAAUGCCAAGUGUUCAAUGCCAGCCUCUGUCCUCCAACCCCGAGGGUUUCAUUAUCUUACUUAAGCAAUAAUAAUGCAGCCUGUUUAGAAUAAUGGUACCUUCUCAAGCUUUGCUUUUCCACGAUUUUUCCUUGACUUUGGUUUUCCUCCAGACAAAAAGGCUAUAGGGUAAAUUGUAUUGCUGGUUUAGAAUUUAAACAGACAAAUGAGAAAAUGGCUACUAGAAUGUAAGAAAAAUUAAAACAUUUUCUUAUAUAGAUUGUUCUGUUGAUUUUUUUUUUUCCUUAUAAAUGUUUAAAAUGCUUUACACAUUAAAAUCUUGUGGUUCCAUGAGGCAGGUUUUUGAAGCACAUCAUAUUUUUACUGUCUCACUUUGUAACUAAAAGAGUACAAUAUAGUUUUGAUUUAAAGGGCAGAAUUAAAUGUAAUUAGAAGGCCUUGCUUCUGUUGCUGAGUAGUCUGUUACCCAUCCCAGCCAGAACAGUUAAACUGUAGGUGUCUACACAAGCACUGCUUUCAUGAGAUCAUAUUAGUUUAAUACAGAAGGUAUAUAUAUGAACCUUUCCUGUUUUGAUUAUUCCUAGGAUAUUUGUAUCACAAUAUAUGACCAUUUUGCCAGGGCUGCCUACACAAACAGUACUUGUCUUUUUUUGGAGCAGUCUUAAAUGAUGAUUAUGUUUGUCAUUUGCAAACAUGGACCUUUUUAUACCUCGGACAGGAAAACACUCCUCAGGAAUCUGUACAUCUUUUCCGUUUCUCCUUUGCCUUUGUUUUCAGGAAAAUUACAUUCAGCCAAUGGAAACAUGGAUCUAAUCUGGACCAUAUUUCUGAAAUGCAAAUUUUUUUCUUCUGAAAAGUAUAUGUGGACGUGCAUUUGGAAGUCUUCAGAAAUGUAUCUUUCAUAAUCAUUUAUGGGUGCAUAUUGAUUAGCUAAACUCUUUGAUGCUCCGUUCUUCUUGAGCAGGACUUCCAUGGUUUGUCCAAAGAGCCUGACUGUGCUUCUAAAAUUAGUGCAAGUAUUGUGCCAGAAUUCAUGAGUACAGUAGUGGGAGACAGUAGGAGCCUGUUGCCAACUGUAGAGGUUCCUGCUUCCUGAAGCCUGGCAGGCACUCAUUUCAACUGGACAGGUCUGUGAAAAUACAUACUGAAAAGGCAAUUCAAAAUUAUUUGUGGAUUUGAUAAGAAAUCAUUGUUUUCUCUAGGAGGAACUCCCUCACCAAUGUAUUUUCUGUUGAGUUCACUUGACAAACCUGACAAUUACGUUCCUUCUCCUAUUCUAGCAGUUCACAUUUCAUCCUAACUCUCAGCCCUUCAGGCAUUCAUGUGAAAUGCAAGACCGUAUAGUUCCAAGUCACCUGCUGGGAAGACUUCAACUAUCAUUUUGUUCUCCAAAGAAUGAGCUACAAGUAUUCAAGCUGAGAGAAUAUUCUAGAAAUAUCUCUUGGUAACAUUUAUCUGUGUUUUAAAGAUCUAUUUAAAUACUUUUAUUGGAGCAGAAGUCCAAGUAUCUGUCCUCCCAGACACCUCCCAGGUAGUUGUCCUGUCCAGUAGGCUUGAGAGUAAUUUUUCUUUGUGGUUUAGAAUUAAGAUAUUAUUAAAAAAAAAAAAAAAAAAAAAAAAAAAAA